AUGAUCCCCAGGAGGGGCGAAACCGGUCUUUGUUCUCCAGAGAUAGAAGCCCAUAUACUCACCACAUGCGCCGAUACGCCUUAUGCAUGGAUGCGCUACCAAUGUGAACCCGCUGACGGUGGUAUCUCGACACUCAGAAAGUCAUUUAUUGGAACCGGCCGAGUUGAAACUCAUUUAUCGGAACGACCUGUGAUGGAGUAUUCCAGAACACCUACCUAUCGUCAUCAGUUUCAUUGGGACCGCUGCUAUCCAAGGCAGCUGUAUCCGGGUGGUCGUUGGUCACUUUAUAAUGAUCGAGCGUACAUGUUACAAGGAAGUCGCUCUCUCUCUCAUCUGUGUAGUUCCCCUUGUCCUCGAGAAGUUGAACAUCCCAAUACCCGUCCGUUCACCAGCUGUUCUGUACUCGAGAAUCUCCAAUAUGAACACUCGAAAAGACCAGAAAAGUGUGCACCAUUGAUUUGCAGCUAUGCCCUGCAAUCAUCCUCUUCAACGGAAGCGCUGCCAGGUGAUUGUUUGCCCAAGCCAGAAAUAACCGCUGACGGGGAAUUCUGUGACGGAAAGAUAAUUUUGAAACUUCCAACCGCGAACCCGUGUGAUCCAGUAACCAUGUACAAACCCAGUCCAGUGGCCGCUUCAAGUAGUAAGGAAUGCAAUACAUAUUUUGAAAGUACACAAUGCCCUCCAAUUAAACUUCUACUAAAAUGUCGUUCUCGAAGCUUAUCUGUUCCUCGAAGCUCCCAGGUUUCCGAACGUACGCUGCGUCCCUAUGCAGUGACUUACAUCUGUCAUCCAGUAGGAGUCAAAACACAUGUAAAGCAAUCAGAAGAGUGUAGAAAAGAAUCGACGGAAAACGUUGGAGAUUGUCGUGCCAGAUACGAAGCUUUUUAUCAGUAUACCACUCCAGGUAAAUCUAGCAGACCCAAAGAGUCCAGUAAUUUGUUACGAUUUCAGUCUUCCGACUACCCAACCUUUCCAAGGAGAGCAGACCCGUCCAAAGGCCCAGCAUUCAAUCACAAAGCUGAAUUCGUACAUGAAGGAAUGACACGUAGCGUUGGAAGAAGUGAGUUGGGAGGGAAUUUCAGAGGAACUGCUUACACGGCCAAACCAAGGGAUAAGGAACAAGCCAUCAUUAGAAAAACGCCACAGAGUAUGCCUGCAACGCCCAGGGUUAGCGGAGCUUCCCGUAAACCAUUGGACAAGGUACAGUCAGGUUUGCCCGUAGUACGAUCCCCUGCAGUAUCGGCGAACUCCUAUUCGCACUCACAGCAGAAUAAAGGAGGGGAAGAACCAGCAUUUGAUACCGUCCCUACACAUCACCCAGUGACUACGGAAAGCCCAGUAAGAUCAAAAAACGAAACCCAAGGGACACCUGUUGGAGCCAGUCCGAGAGUGCAGUCAGUGGAGAGUCUCAAACACUAUUCUGUAUCACAACCAGCACUCAUGUCUGGACCGGUCGCGCAACACGCAUCAUUGUUAACAUCUGAACCGAGUCCAGACACGCCGCGCGUAAGUACAGCUCCUCCCAGCGAACAUUCUUCCAGUAAAAAUGCAAAGUCUGAUACAACUAGGAACUUUUCUGAAGCUUCGGUUACUGCAACACCUCAGAUGCAUAGAGACUCAACGUCGAAUCGACCCAAGUUUAGUCAUGCUUCUGUGUCACUUUUGACUGCAACGCCUCUAUACAACUGGGGAUCAAUUGUAAAUCCAGAGGCAAAGGAAAUACCCGGAGCUCCCGUGCCAUCGGAGAAAAUCUUACCACUGAUGUCUCCUGAAAACCCAGUAAGCCCGGUGUCAUUUCAUGUUGAGAAGGACGAAUCAGCAUCCCUCGUGUCCCCGAAGACAAAGUCCAUUGACAGAACUUCAGCUACAUCCAUGGUAUCUCACAAAUCAUCGGUUUCGCGUUCCAUUGUCCAAGAUGCUGAUGUGGAUUCGCCAACCUUAAAGUAA